AUGCCGUCUGAUCAAUGGAACGCGGUUCGAAAAGUCGAUCUCAAAUGGGCAUUCCCCGGCCAUUGGCUCCCGAGCAAGGACUCCGUGAAAUCGGUGUAUGUCUGGGCCGGUCGUCAGCAAUGGAUUGAGACAUGCAAUGCUAUUCUUCUGAUGAAGAACCUCGAAGAGUUCACACUGCAUCUAACGGGGAAUUGGUUCGGUGAGCCGAUCGAGAAAGUACCUGUUUUCCUCGAGCCCUUGCGAAACCUGCGUUUGAGAGAUCAUCCGCAGCGAAGGUGGAAAAUCUAUUUACCGCCACAGCCGUACUAUAAGAAGGAGACCACGAGGCUGAAUGAUUUGAUGAAGAGGGAGAAGAUUUAUUGUGAGAUACACGAGACUGAAACAUAUGUAAGAACGUUUGGCAAACAAACUUCUGGGCGGAGCAUGUCAGUCAGCUAA